GAGUCUGCCCGCGCGCGCGGCGGAGCGGGCGCUGGCGCCGCCGCCUCGGAGGAACUUCCCGAGUGGCUCGCGCAGGCGCUCGCGGAGGAGCGGCGGGCGGUGCGGUCCGCCCUGGAGAGGAGCCACCAGGAGAGCCGUGAGGCGCUGGACAGGGAGCUGGGCCGGACGCACGGGGCGCUAGUGGCGCAGGUGGAGGGCUGGGGCGCUCGCCGCGCAGGCGCCCUGCGCCUCCCCGCCGUGGUGAUGACGGGCCUCCGCGCGCUCGGCCGCCAGGCGGAGCCGGAGGUCGAGCGGGUCGACGCCCAGGCGCUCGGCCAGGGCGCGGUGUCCGCGAGUUCGUCGGUCACGGCGCCGGCCAGCGCGCGCCAGUCCGCCAGGGCCCCGUCGGUCCGGACGUCGGUCCUCGCGCUGCACCGCGCCUCGCAGGGCGAGGUCGUCGACCGGGACAGCCGAGGAGAUGCGCGGCCGGCCGGCAGCAAGGGGUCGGCCUGCAGCAUGGGGGGGCCGCUCCCGUCGCCGGUCGGCUCGCCCCGGCUCCUCGUGCGGCCGAGCCCGCAGAAAGCAGCCGGCCCCGAGUCCGAGCCCUGCAGUCCGCCGGCGAUUCCGACCGAGCCCGAGCGCCCCAAGUCGCCAGAGGGCACAGCCGGGCCCGUGUGCCACAAGUCGGCCGCGGCUGCAAAGAGCAGGCCUUCGAGGCGCUCGUACAGCAACGACAGGGGCGUGGUGUCCGUCAUGAGCGCAAACGACGUGCAGGAACGAGUCACCACCGUGCUCUGGAAGGGCGGCGAGUCGAGGAGGAGCCCCCGGAGGGGGCAGUGGGCCGAGUUCGUCGACAGCACGCGCUUCGAAGUGCAGUUUUCUGGGCUCGUGCGCGGGAAUCAACUCGAGUACCGCAGGUAUUCCUAUCACCCAGACCCUUGGCCAGGAGCCAAUCAGAUUUUGAACGUGAUCAGCGUUUGCUUCGGUGUGAUCUUCGCAUUGGAGGUGUCUAUUAAGCUCUGCGCUCUGCGCAGCACGUUCUUCCAUCUCUACUGGAAUGUGUUCGACCUCAUGGUGGUCCUCUUCUGGCUUGUCGAGAUGUCUUCCGUGCUGAAGGGUAACCUGGAGAACACCACUGCCCUCCGACUGGCCCGCCUGGCCCGUCUGCUGCGCCUGGUGCGUUUGGUGAGGCAGAUACGAAGCUUUGACGCGCUGUUUCUCAUGACCACCGCGAUUAAGAGCAGCCUUAUCGUCCUCGCUUGGUCCUGCGUGCUGCUCUUGAUGAUCCAGGUGCUGGUCGCCUUUGUCAUCAACCAGCUCCUGGAAGAGUUUUAUUUCCCUUUCGACCACGACGAAGCUGAGAAGAAGGCGACCUUCGAGUAUUUCGGAACCUUCUCCCGAGCGCUGCUCAGCACCUUCGAGAUGACGCUGGCGAACUGGCCUCCCGUUUGCCGUUUGCUAAUGGAGAAUGUGAGCGAGUGA